AUGCAGUGUGGUUACAUUCACCGAGAUAUCAAGCCAACAAACUUUGUGAUUGGACGAGAACAAGACGGCGAUCUGCACACCAUAUUCAUCAUUGAUUUUGGUUUAUCACGACGAUACAGGUACCUCAUUGCCGUAUAUCUUUCACUUUCAUCUUUUCACUAA